GGGACUAGCCGGCCGCUGGUGGCGGGUAUCCCGGGCUCCUGGCCUAUGGCACCGCCUCAGCGCUGCCCCGUGUGUCGCCAGACCUUCUUCUGCGGUCGUGGGCACGUCUACAGCCGCAAGCACCAGCGGCAGCUGAGAGCGGCCCUGGAGCGACUGCUACCCCAGAUAGAGGCCGCCCGCAAGGCCAUCCGCGCCGCCCAGGUGGAGCGGUACGCCGCGGAGCACGAGCGAUGCUGCUGGUGCCUGUGCUGUGGCUGCGAGGUGCGGAAACACCUGAGCCACGGAAACCUGACGGUGCUGCACGGGGGCCUGCUGGAGCAUCUGGCCAGUCCAGAGCACAAGAAAGCCACCAACAAAUUCUGGUGGGAGAACAAGGCUGAAGUCGAGAUGAAAGAGAAGUUUCUGAUCUCCCCCCAAGAUUAUGCACGAUUCAAGAAAUCCAUGGUGAAGGGUUUAGAUUCCUAUGAGGAAAAAGAAGAUGAGGUGAUUAAAGAGAUGGCAGCUCAGAUUCGUCAGGUAGAACAGAGCCGGCAAGAAGUGGUCCGAUCUGUCUUAGAGCCUCAGGUAGACCCAGACCCAGAAGAGGGUUCUUCAGCACCUGGAACCUGGGAAGGGACAAACAGCCAAGUAGCCUCCAGCUCACAGCAGCCCUCACACUUGAACCUGCGACCAGCUCCAGAGUUUGACUGGAUGGAGACAGGACAACCUCUGACUUUCAUUGGCCAUCAGGAUGCACCUGGAGUUGGUAAUGUCCAUUCAGGUGCCACGCCUCCCUGGAUGAGCCAAGAUGAGGACUGUAGCUUUGGAAACCAACAAAUAGGGCCCUCCUAUGAAGAAUUUCUUAAACAAAAGGAAAAACAGAAGCUGAACAAACUCCCCCCAGAACGAGUCGGGGCCAACUUUGACCACACCUCCAGCACCAGUGCAGGCUGGCUACCUUCUUUUGGCAGAGUGUGGAAUAAUGGACGCCGCUGGCAGUCCAGGCACCAAUUCAAAACUGAAGCAGCAAGGAACAAGCAGCAGUCACACAAAGAUAGCUGAUGAUGCUUCCCAACACAUACUCUUCCAACCACAAGGCUCAAAAGGCCAAUCUGUCCUCCCCUAUUAUUCCUAACCCCAAAUCCUUUAAGAAACAGACAAACUCAUUUGACUUAAUAAAUUUUAUUUUUCCAAAUGUA